AAGCAGGUGAAAGUCGAAGUAUAUGGCCCCCUUUUUCCCGCAAACAGAGGCCGCGCCAAUCACCGCCACUCACGUGCCCCCCACUUGGACGAAAAUAAAUCCAUCAACGGCCAGGUGUUCCCUAAAUAACAGAGAGUCUCUCUCUCCUUUUGUUUAGCCUUCUCUCUGAUUCCUAAUUUUUUUUCUAAUUCUUUCUCUAUUACUUUCAAUUUCAAUUCAUCAUGAAGGCUCUCAUUCUUGUUGGAGGGUUCGGAACCCGUCUGCGUCCUCUGACCCUCACUCUUCCCAAGCCGUUGGUGGAGUUCGGAAACCGCCCCAUGAUCUUGCACCAGGUCGAGAGCUUGGCUGCUGCGGGUGUUACUGAUAUCGUUCUUGCCGUCAACUACCGCCCGGAUGUGAUGGUCGCGGCCCUCAAGAAGUACGAAGAGCAAUACGGAGUCAACAUUGAGUUCUCCGUCGAGUCCGAACCGCUGGGCACGGCUGGCCCGCUCAAGCUGGCGGAGGGGAUCCUGGGCAAGGAUGACUCGCCUUUCUUCGUCCUCAACUCGGAUGUUAUUUGCGACUACCCCUUCAAGCAGCUCGCCGACUUCCACAAAAACCACGGUGAAGAGGGUACCAUCGUCGUCACCAAGGUCGAUGAGCCCUCCAAGUACGGUGUUGUCGUCCACAAGCCCAACCAUGCCUCCCGCAUCGAUCGCUUCGUCGAGAAACCCGUCGAAUUCGUUGGCAACCGCAUCAACGCCGGUAUCUACAUUCUGAACCCCAGUGUUCUUAAGCGCAUUGAGCUUCGCCCUACCUCCAUCGAACAGGAGACCUUCCCCGCCAUCUGUAAGGAGGGCCAGCUCCACUCCUUCGAUCUCGAGGGCUUCUGGAUGGAUGUCGGUCAGCCCAAGGAUUUCCUUACCGGUACUUGCUUGUACCUGACUUCCCUGGCCAAGCGCAAGCCCCAGAUGCUUGCCCCCCACACAGAGCCCUACGUGUACGGCGGAAAUGUCAUGGUUGAUCCCACCGCCAAGAUCGGCAAGAACUGCCGUAUUGGUCCCAAUGUCGUUAUUGGUCCCAACGUCGUCAUUGGCGAUGGUGUCCGUCUCCAGCGCUGUGUCGUGAUGGAGAACUGUAAGGUCAAGGACCACGCUUGGAUCAAGUCCACCAUUGUUGGCUGGAACAGCUCCGUUGGCCGCUGGGCACGUCUGGAGAACGUCACUGUUCUUGGAGACGAUGUUACCAUCGCCGACGAGGUGUAUGUCAACGGUGGCUCAAUUCUGCCCCACAAGAGCAUCAAGCAGAACAUUGAUGUUCCCGCGAUCAUCAUGUAAUCCCCCUUUCCUACUUCCCUCUUCCUUCACGUCGCUAUGCCUUUUGAAAUACCUCCCUUCAACUCUUGUGCCGAUACCACCCUCCAGUCCGCCCUCCUUGAUGCAUAGAACCGGAGUCGUUUACUGCGUUGUCUUCUCUCUUCCGUGACGGUUUAUCGCCUUCAAACUUCCUUUCGUCCGAUAAUCAAUUCACUCAGAAACCUAGAUGGUGAAAGCGUGCGAUUUCGGCUGUUUUGCAAGAAAUAACCCCUUUUAGUCUUGUUUUCUCUCUCCGUUUAUCCUUCCAAGUUAUCCCCGUUUUAGUGCUACAUAUUGAGGGCUUCGUCACUACAUCCCCGCUCCCUUGCGUUUGGCCACCUGCUUUCAUUCCAUUUUUUCAUUUUUUUUAAUCGUCUUCUGGC